AUGCCUGCAGACAGAUUUCGUCAACCUAUUGAAUCUGGUAAAGUUAUUGAAGAAUUGGGAACAGAAAUGGAGGAAAUUAGAAAUACAACUAUAAAACAAUUUGAUAAAGAGGCGUCACGUUAUCAUAAUGAGGUGUAUAAACGUAAAAGACAAGAAGUUCUUAACAAAGCCAAUUCUCAGCUGCAUGUAUUUUUCACAGGUCAACUGAAAAAUCUAUCCAAGAGAGCAGUUACGAUUUUCAAUUCCAUAAUUCAUGAAAAAUUAAAAGGUGAAGGCUAUGAUUUUGCUGAAGUUGUGUCCAAUGCUCGUGAACAAGUUAUUGAUCAGUUCACAAAGUCCGCAGAAGUAAUUUUAUUGUCUGAUACUGAUUGGACAUUUGAUGAAGAAUUGAACCAAUUAACCGAAUCAAUUAAUGAUGAAAUUACAUUAAAAGCUGAUAAAGAAGUUAAAAGUUUACAAUCCUUAACAACUAGUUUAGAGAAAGAGAAGAAUGAAUUGCUUGAAAAAACUAAGCAAUUAGAAGCAAGAGUAGAAGAAAAAGAUAACAUAAUAGAGAAUUUAGAAGAAAGAGUAGACAUUGAAGUUGAAAUGAACUUGAAGCGCUAG